AUGGCGUCUCCGCAGGGCGGCGAGGCCGCGGCCGGCGAGGCGAGGGGUGCCCCCGCGGUGCCGGAUCUCGCCGAAGACCGGUCCGCAGAUGUCAAGCAGCAUGCCCUCGACGCAGGCCCAGGCGCCCCCGGCGACCAGGGCGACCUCCAGGGCGCCCCGGCGGGGCAGGAGGACUUCGUGUGCGACAGCCCGGCGGCCGUGGCCGGCCUGCUGAUGCUGCAGCACUCGAUCGAGCCUGAGAAAGUCGGCGGGCCUGUUGAGCGGAGCCACGGCGAUGGCGAGCAUUCGCCCUCCAUGGACGCAAAGCUGAGCGACGGCUCCCCUGAGGGCGGGCUUCAGAAGCCGCCUUCCAAGCGGGGGCCGUCCCGGCUGUACCAGGGCGUCGGACACAUGGCGGAGCCGGGGGCAUGCGGGCGAGAGAACGGGGAGGCGCAUGAGGCCAACGAGGGCGUCGUCGAGGAGCGCCUGUGCGGUGGCGACGGACGCGGUCAGGAGACGGACAGUCAGUGCUGCACGGCGGAGCACACGGGGAGAAAUAAUGAGGAUGGCGCGCAGAGCCAGGGGGAAAAGAGGGGUGACUACGAACGGAAUGUGUAUCCGGGGCACGACCGGAAGAUGGACGCCGUGCACGAGGCGGUGCAGGGGAGGGGUGCGGUGGGCACGGAGGGCGCCACGCCGGCGGGCCGCGGCCGGAACUUCUUCAGGGGCGUGUACAAGUACAAGCACAUGGCCGCGCCGUACUCGGUGAUCAAGUUCCAGGGCAAGCAGUGCUUCCUGGGGUGCUACCGGACGUGCGAGAUGGCCGCCCACGCCUGGGACGUCGCUUCGCUGAAGCGCACGAUGGAGAUGGGCCGCUCGCUGUCCAGCGCCAAGCUCAACUUCCCGUUGGCGUACUACAUGACCAGCGAGGGGCUCAUGACGACGCUGGUGCAGUCCAGCUUCGAGACGGUCAUGCACCAGCUGAGGACCGCCAGCGACACGGGAAGGAACGCGGGGAUGGAAGACCUGAUGAAGAUCAAGUCGGGCGGCUCCCUGUGGCGCAAGAACCGCAAGCCCGGCGCCGCGGAGGGCCUGGAUCAGCCUGAGAGGCGCGACUCGGCGGACGCGGAGGCCGACGCCUGGCCGGUGCCCUACCUGGAGGACGGCGGGGGUGGCGGCGGGGCGCAGGACGGCCAGGACUGCAAGCCAGAGUCCGAUGAGCAGCAGACCGUUGGGGAGCUGUACACGCGGCCCGUGAAGCAGCUGCGGACGCUGCACACCGGCACGCGCGCGGCGCAGAACAGCUGGAUAAAGCGGAUCCGGGACGACCAGAAGUUCAAGGGGGUGUAUUUCUCCAGGGAUGGGGUGCCGUACUCGAAGGUGGAGCUGGAGGGGAAGUACCACUACCUGGGGCGGUUCGAGACGAUGGAGGAGGCGGCGAGGGCUUACGACCUGGCGACCCUGAAGAGGGCGAUGCUGCACAACCAGAAUGCCGUUUCCCUCAACUUCCCUUUGGAAGACUACACGGAGGACGAGGAGCUGAUGCAGUUCUUGAAGACGGCCAACUGCGACGAGGUGGCGUCUUUCGUGCGAUCUCUGGCUGGCAACAAGCGCACCGCCAAGCCGGACGCCAUGCCAAAGGUUGGCCACAGAAGACAGAGGUCGGGUGAGGUGACGGGGACGGCCGUGAUGGGAAGGCGCUGCUUCCUGAAGCCCGGGCUGGACCAACAGGCCAGCCAGCCAGGAUGGCUGAAGGCUGAGGAGGCCGAGGGCGCGCUGCACGGUACGGCACACGACUUGCUGGGUUUGAGCGAGGCUGCACAGCAGGCAGAUGAACAUCAGCCUGAUGCGGAUGGCGGCGCCUCUGAGGCGGAGCAGACUGGCCUGGUGCAGGGUGCGAUCAGCAGUGAGCCCGAUGGGACUCUCCAGCGAAUCGCAGCCAUCAGGCAGCGAAUGAUGGACGGUCAGGGCAUGGGCAAGGGAAUGGCUAAGGCACGGAUGUUGGUUGUGAACAAGAAAAUGUGCGACCAGAAGCUGGCAAGCAGGAUCCUGGGGGUGCACGGAUGGACCCAGGUGUCGCAAUGUGCCUUUGCUGUCCUUGUGACAGCCCACUGCGGGCCCAACUCGCAGUCCAUGAAAACUCUUCCAGCGGCCAUGGCUGACUGGCUGGAGAACAACAAUGCUAAGGACCAGAUACUUGAACUGAUGGACACCACCGGCAAGCAGCAGUACCAUGUGACCUGCACCAGGAGUAAUGGUGUUUGCCAAUUGACUGCUGGGUGGAGCAAUUUUGUGCAAGAGGUGAAUCUGGAGCUGGAUGACGUGCUGCUGCUUGUACGAGGGGACUGUCCCUGGAAGCUGCAGUAUGGCGUCUUUCACAUGCCAGACGUCGUUGAGGAUUUAACACCGCAAAAGCUGACUGAAGGGAAGGGCACGCCGAGUCAAGGUGCCAAUGGGCAGCUGCCCGGCCACCCGGUGGCUGCACGUGCGCUCGCCCUUUCUCAGCAUUCUGGCCAGCAGCAGAUGAGUGUGCAAUCCAUGCAUAUCGUCAACAGACUUGCCGAUGGAAGGGUGAUUGUACGAAUGCCUAUGAAGGGAGGAGGAAGCAAAACAUACAUGGUCAUCUCACACCCUCACAGGCCUGGGGGUGGUGCACGUGUAUGUUCCCCUACUGUUGGUAUUCCGGCAGAAGCAGCAGACAGACUGGUUAGAAGGCAGCAUAUUGGCCAGUUUGUCAGUGUCCAGGGAAAUGAGGGACAGAGGAGGCCUGGCAUGGUUGCCGGACAGCAGAAAAGGGUGCAGGAGGCCAGAAGCCCCCUGGCUGUCGGCUCUCCAGCUGUUGUGGGAAAUGGUGUGAAAGCCCCAGCCGUGGCGUCACAGGGCCUCCCCGCUCCUUCGUACGUUGUUGGGGUGCCGACUCAAGUGGGUGGAACUCCUGGACAGGUUCAUUACAUGGCUCAGCAGGCUGCACAGGGCAGACCAGGCCAGAUCCAACAGCGCCCUGGACUGCCUCCCACGGGGCAGCAACGUGCAGGAAGGACGGAGUCCAGUCCGCCUGCGGCUGAGGUGAUCGACCUGACUGAGACGCCCACACCUCAGGCGCAGGGAAAGCCAGGCAUGAGGUUCACGAUCCCACCAGGGGUGAAACUUGCAGAUAACUGUGUACUGGUCCGUGACAACAGAGGUCAGGUGAGGAUGCUUCCUCGCCUGCCUGACAGUAACAUGGCUGUUGCAAACGGCCGAAUUGUUGGGAGGGUGGAUGGGCAGGGCCGCACUGUGCUGACGGCAGGAGCGCCUACCACCACCAUGGGCCCGGUGUUCAUGGCACAAGAACUGCAGCCUGGACAGGUGAGGCUGCCUCAAGGUGUCGGGCAGCAGGGCCGGCAGGGUGGCGUGCUCAGGCUGGCAUCCGACUCUCAUGGGAACCCUGUCGUUUUCCAAGCAGUGGGCAGCAAGCGUGUACGGGUGGGCGCCCCCGACCAGGGGUUGCGUGCUAGGCGCACAAAGAGCGGGCCUGUUCGAAAUGGCUCCUUUCAAGCCGAGGGCCAGUUGCAGGAUGCUGCGCAGCUUGAUGACGACAACCUGGACGUCAUGGAAUGCAGCAGGGUGGGCGGUUGUGGCACCGACGGCGAGCGGGUGGCUAUCGCUGACACUGACCAGCAAACCCCUUGCACUGCGAACAACAGCUGUUUCAACCGAGGCUCGCAAUCCACGUCCAACGUGCAGCCAAGGAACCACGAGCGUGUCAGCUGCUCUGCAGACAGACCUCAGAAAGAGGAUGGAGCAGCGUCCAAUUCUGAGGGCUCUGGGGAUGGGCUCGAGCUGUCGGCCUUGUACUCAAAGCUGCUGAAGAUCUUGAAAGGCUGUGGUGAGUUGAGCAAUGACCUGGUGCAGAGGUACAAAUGGGUCUUUGUCAACCAACUGAACAAGGGCCAGCAGAAGUUGCACGUGAUGGAGUUGUCAGAGCUGAGUGCAGAGGGAAAGAGUCAUGAGAUAGCGGCUUGGGUGGAAAACACGUUGACGAACGGGCAGCGAUGA